CUAGUAUCAGUUACGAAGUUUGUAAACCAUUGCCCACUUCAACACGUCUCAAAGUUCAUUGUCCUUUCUGGCGUCGCUGACUCAGUGCAGACAAUGCUCAUGUUCUUCUAGUGGCAUGGAGCUGGAAGCUUUGCCAUUGAUGAGAGAGUUGGGCCUGACAAAUCAGGAUAUUGUCUUCUUGGGAGACGUACGAGUGAGGCUAGAAGAUGAACUUGGUCGUGGCUCCGAUGCCGCCGUGUAUCGGCUGACGUGGCAGGGAAUAGAUAUCGCCCUGAAAGUUCUGCAUCCCAUUUUGAUUGAGCCCGGUGUUCAGGACCGAGAGAGGAAAAUCCGUUCUUUCGGCCAAGAGGUAUUCCGUCUCAGUCGUAUUCACCAUCCGAACCUGUGCCAAUUGCUGGGCAUUGCCAGAGUUGGGCAAAACGCUGCUCUUGCGUUGGAGUUGCUGACUUCGACGUUGGAAGAGUUGAGUAUCGGUGAGGGUCGGGAGGAUGGCUUGAUGCUGAUCGGCUACCUCUGCGACACGUCGGCUGGUAUCAGAUACCUGCACGUUCGUGGUAUACUCCAUCGGGACCUCGCCCCGAAAAAUGUGAUGAUCAAGAACGGCGUCGCAAAGGUAUGCGAUUUUGGUAUGGCUAAAUUCGUACGUUUGGCAUCCCCUCGUCAACAGCAGCAACAAGUCCAGGCGGCUCGAAUGGACAUGACCCGUUGCCCCGGAACGUUGGCCUUCAUGCCGCCGGAGGCCCUGGUAGAGCAACCUGACUAUGAUCGUCCGCUGGAUAUCUUCUCGUUCGGAGUUACGCUACUGGCUGUUAUCACUGGUGUUAUGCCAGGGAUCGACCUGAUCAAUGCUCCGUCCGUUGUGAUCGUGCGCGACGCCGCCAGUGGACGGGAAACGACGCAGGUGGUGGCGGAGACAAGACGGCGUGCUGCUUAUCUGCGGCGACUCCCUGAUGACCACCCAUUGAAGCCGCUGGCAAUUCGCUGCCACUCCAACGAACCGAGCGAGCGAGCGACUGCCGAGGAAGUACACGAGGAGAUGAAGCGAGUGUUACAGCUAUUCACCAGUCUCUCGUCGCCUCAUCUUUCCAAUGUACCACCAGCUGUUGUACGUCGACUGGACUCUAUCUCCGAACAGCUAACCCAGCAAGCUACAUCCAUCACUGCAUUGUCGGUACGCAGUGAUACGCUAGAGGACCAGCUUACAGCAGCCAUUACCAACAACCAGACCACCACAAACCAACAACUGACUGAAACGCAACAACAACUGACUGCUACUCAACAACAACUCACAGCUGCCAUUACAAACAACCGGACAACAACUCAGCAACAACUGACUGCAACACGUGAGCAGGUAUCCACAGUUCAAGACGAACAGAGUUCAGCAACGCAACGACUUACUGCACAUCUUGAGACCAUUGCUGAAAACCAGACCAUGACACAACAACAACUGACUGCUACUCAACAACAACUGACUGCUACUCAACACACUAUGCACAGCGAACAAACCACCACCAACCGCCGAGUACAAACUCUCGCCGACCAGCUGCGUGAUACAAACGUACAGACUUCCCGACAGAUGACAGCGUUGGCGGACCAAAUUUCAGCGGUUUCUGGCCAGCUAUCAACGAUGUCUGCAUCCAACCAUCAGCUGCAGAUAAGGCCUACCACUGCACCCGAAAGCUUGUCAAGUUCUUCUUCUGCCACUGCCUCAGCUACAACAGCUGUGCUGCAGGUACCCGUCUCUAGUCCCAUUGCUGCACAAGACAGCCGCUCAAGUUCAGCUUCUGCCACUGCCCUUGCCCCUGCUUCUCGUACAGCAACGAGACUGCAGGUUAUGCCUACCACUGCGCCAGAAAGCCUGUCAAGUUCUGCAUCUACCAAUGUCUCUGCUACAACAGCUACGGUACGUAUUUCUAGUCCCAUUGCUGCACAAGACAGCCGCUCAAGUUCAGCUUCUGCCCCUACCCCUGCCACUGCUUCUGCUACAGCAACGAGAGCUGAAGCUACAGCAGCUGCAAGCACAGCUGUUUCAUCCAUUGAUAGAGGAUAUCAUGUCUUACCUGCGAUGCCAACCCCAAAACAGAUUGCGAACAUCAAGAAGCGCAGAAAGUGGAACAAGGUAGUACCAGGUCCUGGAAAGAGUUUUUUAAAAUUUUGGAAUACUAAACAUCCGGAAGUACCAUCGCAUGGCAAACAUGCCAGGCUUGCCACGUACAGUGACAAACUGGUUGCUGUGUGGCGUGAUGGUGUGAACGUCACCAAGAUCAUGGAGACAUCAGACUUGCAGACAUGGCACAGUAUUGACCUACCAAGUGAAUACAGUAAGCUGGCUGGCCCAUUACUGGCAUCCCAUGGUGGUAUGCUGUACAUGCACUGUGGAACCUACACCAAGAGCACCAACACACUGGUGCGCUGUAUUCUGCAGUACCGCGACACACCAGAUAACGGUGAUGGCGGCCGCAGUGGUGGUGGUGGUCAGUGGACUACGGUUACGGACGCCUCGUCGCACUGUAAGCAUGACUGGUGUACUCUACAUGUAUGUGCUGAUGCUAUUUCUCUAUAUGGUGGCCAGAAUAGUGGAACACAUCACAAUCAUGUUAGUACCUAUUCUCUAGCUAGCAAGCAGUGGAGCUCUUCUUCACCAUCCAAUACUAGCCUAGUAUUACCUUCAUUGCCACUACCAUGCAGCGACGCAUCACUUGUCCUGUUCUCUGAUUCAUUGUACAUAGUUGGUGGUCCACUUGGUUGUUUCUUGAAACACCAUGAUGGUAGGUGGGUGUCCACCACUCCACCCGAUGGUGUUAAACUGAAGUUUAGUGCAGCAUGCACACUUUCUGACCAUUGCAUGGUUAUUUGCCCCUACACUCCUUCUGCUGAGUGUGUUGUACAUGAUAUUUCAUCUGGUGAGGUCUAUCCACUACCAGCUAUGCCACAGCACAGUGGUUACACUCCAUCACUCACACUGUUUGGCAGUACACUGGUACUCAGUGUAGGGGACGCUGACAAUCCUGGUUCUCUGUACACACUGGAUAUGAGUGUGUGAGUGUAGUAGGUUACUAACUACAGUCAAUCACUGAUGAUAACUACAGUAUGCAAACUGUACUGCUUUUCACUUUCUUUCUAUUAUCAGAAAGUUGCUAAUCUUUGUUUUCACAUCUCUCUGGUUGUCAAGUAAUUGUCUAGUUUUACGCUGCCUCAUCCCCUGUAACAUAAACCCAGAUUGGUUAAGUGAAUACUACUCUUACCCCUACAAUCACCUCCAAACUUACCCAUUCUUUCCUUGAUUCCUCCACUUCAUGAAUGUGAAUUAUGAACUGAAAACUAUUUUUGAUUGUGCGUCCUCCCCUGACUCUGUUAUGUCCUAAUCUCUGUUUCUGACAUUGAGCACUUUCUGCAGCUCGGGGAUCAACGAA